ACGAUCUACCUCAAAUAAAUUAUCACGCAGACAAAUCCCUGGACAGCUUUUGUAAAUGGCAGUCCCAGUUCGUGGAGAACAGCACAGACAGCAGUGUAGGACAUGACAACGCUGUCCUUAUAACUAGGUAUGAUAUUUGUACCUAUAAGAACGACCCAUGUGGAACAUUAGGUCUGGCCCCAGUGGAUGGGAUGUGUGAGAAAGAACGAAGCUGCAGCAUCAACCAAGACAUUGGGCUGGCCUCUGCUUUCACUAUAGCUCAUGAAAUUGGACACAAUUUUGGCAUGCACCAUGACGGGGCUGGAAACCAGUGUGGGAUGCCAGGAAAAGAACCAGCACGACUGAUGGCAGCAAGAUUAACAAAAGAGACUUCGCCAUUCUAUUGGUCAAGCUGUUCUCGGAAAUACGUCACAGACUUUCUGGACGCAGGUAAAGGAUGGUGCUUGGAAAACAUCCCAUUGAAAAGAGAAGCUUACCCCAGGGACCUGCCUGGGGACACAUUUGAUGUCAAUACCCAGUGUCGCAUGCAGUUUGGCCCAACAUCCAGAGGAUGCAAGCUCAAGUAUGCCUGUGAAGAGCUGUGGUGCAUGAACGAAGCAGACGCAUGCGUAACCAACAGUAUCCCAGCAGCUGAAGGCACUGAAUGUCAAAUCUCAAGACAGAAGAGAGGAUGGUGUUUCCGAGGUGAAUGCCGAAACCCCAAGUAUGAGACAAGAACAGUGCAUGGAAACUGGGGGCUAUGGGGUGAGUGGGGAGAGUGCUCUCGGACCUGUGAAGGUGGUGUUUCAGCCAACGUCAGAGAAUGUGACAAUCCUGAACCCAAAGAUGGUGGCAGAUACUGUAUUGGGCAGAGAAAAAGGUACAGAUCAUGCAAUGUCACACCUUGUCCAGCUAAUUCUGAAGACUUCAGACAGGUUCAGUGCAGCAGUUACAACAAUGUGACAUUCAGGGGCAGGCUGUACAAAUGGGUGCUCUAUACUGGAGAGCAGGCGAAACCAUGUUCUCUGAUCUGCAUGGCAGAAGGUUAUAACUUCUACACUGAGAGGUCACCAAAAGUCAAGGAUGGUACCAAGUGUUUCCCAGACAAACCUCACAUCUGUAUCAAUGGUGACUGUCAUUUUGUAGGUUGUGAUGGCUACCUUGGAUCUCAAGUAAGAGAAGAUAACUGCAGAGUGUGUGCUGGAGAUAACUCUACAUGCAAAACUAUCUCUGGCUACUUUGACAAACCUCUUCCAAAAGGAG